AUUUAAUAAUAUGAAUAAGUGCAGCAGUGUUUUUAAUUUUUAAAAUUUUCGAAUUUUAUUUAAAAUUCCUGCAACUGUUGGCGCUGCUAUCUGUUUCUGACAAAUGGCUGAUAAACACACGUUAAUAGUACGAAGUUAAUGUGUUAAACAAUAUUAGAAAAGUUUUUUUCGGGUGAUUUACAUAGUAUAACAUUUGUAUAAGAAACAUUAUAAAUAUUAUUUUUUCUUUGUGAUGCACGUGGUGUUGUUAUAAAUAGUGUACGUACAUAAGAUACACUAUGAUUGCUGCACAUUUGUAUGUUUUUCUAAAUAAAUAUUAAUAACUUGAUGAUAAUAAAAAACAGAUAUGAAAAGUGAAACAUUUUGGAAACGUCGUUUCGGCCGAUCAAAAUCUAAAUACAUGUUAUUAGGUGUAUUUACUUUUGGUAUUAUAUUCUUCGUGCAACAAAUAUUUUAUCUUAAACAAUUGAACAACGUGGGCAAAUUAAUAACCGGUUCUGUACGAACGUCGAAUUACAUUUUAGCCGGAGGAAAUAAUGUACGUUCAAAAUGGAACGAAUCAAAAUAUUCCAAAUUAAUACGAGAUAAAAAUGGUCGUACAGUUUCGUUACGUGGCACGCGUAAUGAAGACAUUGUCAAAUAUCUUCCAAACGCCAGAGACAAGUUUGUCUGUUUUUCUUCGAAACAAGAAAUAGAUUUUAUUCAAAUAAACGACGAUUAUUGUGAUUGUCCCUUAGAUGGCAGCGAUGAACCUGGUACAAAUGCAUGCAACAAUGGUACAUUUUAUUGUGAGAAUUCUUCGUUAAAAUUUAAAGGAAAAAUUCCAUCUUAUAAAGUCAAUGACGGCUAUUGUGAUUGUUGCGAUGGCUCAGAUGAAUGGGCAGAAAUUUUCUUAUUAUAUGUGCCUAAUGAAUCCAAAAGUAUUACUUAUCGCCAAACAAAAUGUACAAAUAACUGUUAAUAGAUAGUCUUCUGAACGUAAUCAUUUAUUUCUGAAAGUAAAAUAAAUUUGAUGAAAUUGAAGAGACUAUUGCAUUGUACAUAAGAAGAUAUGGAAAAAUAGGUUUACUUAUAAAAGUAUAUUCCUAUUUUACAUUUAUUUAUGCAUAUAUGUAUAUAAUUGUAAUAUAAUUCCAAGUUGUUUUUUAUCCUAUAUGCAUAACAUUUUAGAUAGAGGUAUAGAGAUACUUAUGUGUGGUUUUAUUGAUAAUCCAAAAAAAUAAAAAUUAAGUUUUCUGAAA